AUGAACAGAAACGUUCGGAAGAGUUCCGGGGCGGCCGCGACGGCGCCGGACGCCUGCAAAGGGUUGGUGAAAAACGAAACGCCGGACGAAGAGAUCAAAGUACGUAUAAUAUUCAAAUGUUUGAAAACACUAAACCGAUAAAAUUAUAUUUUAAUGUCAAUUAGCGUUUCGCUAUGCAUUCAAUGUCAAGAGCCUCGGGGAGAAAAAUAGCGAAUUCAUUAAGUUCUAACCGGCUGAUAAAUCAUAUUUUACACACAGGUUUACCUAUCUGUUCAACAAUUUAACGAAUUGAUCUAAAAAUUUUCCUGGAGUUUUUCUUGUAACCGUUGUCGUGCAGAGCGAAUAAACGAGGCGAGGUCCCCAUCUGCACGCCAGCCAACAAGUAGAGUUUUUUAAAUAUCAUUCGCGUGCGGUUAAAAUAUCAAUAAUAAAAAAGGUCGAAUAGGUUAUAUUAUUACGUAUUUGUGUAUUGUAAAAAUUAAGGUCAUGUCGAAAUGUCGUAUUAUCGGUUCGCGCAGUAUACUUUUAGAUAGGUAUAGGUUCUCGUGUUAUAGGUUCAUGGUAGUAAAUUGUCAUUUCAUUUCCGGGACGCAGUCGUAUAUUAUGGAAUGUAUAUUUUCUGCGCAAUUUACAGUUGGCAUACACAUAUUAAUAAUACGAUACCGAAAAACUGUGUCCGCGGCUAGAUAGGUAUCGAUUUCGCGCCAAAAAUAUCGAAAAUCCGGUAUACGAACUAUUUGUUUGUUGAACGAAUUGAAAACGGUUUGGAAGAAAAAGAACCAUUACAAUAAUUACACGGCGUACCUAUUCGAGGCGCCUUUUUUCAUGUCAAUAUAAUAUCGUCGGGAGACAUUUAAGGCCUACCUAUAUAUUAUUAUAUUUUAUUGAUUUCGAUUGGUUCCUGUUGCGCUUAGUCGCCUUGACCUUAAUUCAAAACGUAUAACUUUAUAAUUAUUCUAUAUCGGUGUGCAUACGAACACGAGACCCUCUAGGUCUACAGCAUAUGGUUUUUUUGUUCAACACACAACACGUGGAGUACAUAUAAUAUUAAAUUAUAAUGUAUAGUCUGUGUACCUAUAUACAGAUAUAUACGUAUAUAUACGCGUGAAACACAAACUACAAACAAAAAUUAUAAAUAGAGCUUUCGUAUAGUCGCAGCACACUGUAUUACGUUGCCUUACCACUGCGUCUUGAAAAAAAUAUAUUUUACUGUAAAUCCGAUGGGCAGUAUAAAUCCUAAAAAUAGACAAAUCUGUGUUCGAUAUUAUAUUAUAUAUAUAUGCGUCAAUGUCAAUUUAUGCAUAUACGUGUAUAUUGUUACACUUAAUCGAAACUGUGGGCUGUAAUGUAACUGCAGUAUUGUUAAAAAGUCAAUAUAAUAGUUAUAAGUUACCUUUUUUUUAUUCAAACUAUAUUUUUACUCGAAUAGUUUGAAAAACAGAAAUAGAAAAUAUUAGAAAUAUUUAUAGAGACGUUUUUGGAGUUUUGUUGUCAUAGGGAAAGUUUUAACGUUGCCCACUCUUUCUGUAAAAAUAUAUAUUUGAUAAUGGUAAUGGAUAAUGGUAAUGUAAAAUAUAAUAAGUCUGAUUAUAUACUUAAGUUAUGUAUAUUGUAAAUUAUUUAAGAAUUUAAAAUGUAAAUUUAAACUUUGAAAGCAUUAAUAAUUCAUUUAUCCAACUUCAGACUUGCUUAAACAGAUUAAUUAAUUAAUUUAAAAAAGAGUAAAAUAUUAAAUUUAAUAGUAAUAAUGUCACCGGAAACGGCAGUAGAAACUAUAUAGUAUAUAUGUAUGCAAAACGUUGUGCAAAUCCAUAUAUAAACACUCAAUAUUUGAUACGCACUUGUAAAAUGCUGCUGCUUAUUAAAUAUCCAAAAAAUGUAUAUCACACCUCUAAAUACGUCUCUAGUGUAUACUUGUGAAUAGUUAAAAAAAUUACUUUUACCUUUUAAGUUAAGUUAUUAUUUUUCUGAAAUUGCGUAACAUGGCUUAGUUAUACUCAAAGUAAUUUUUAAGUUGAUAUUAACUUACCCAGUUUUGCAUUAAAUAAUAAUAAAAAUAAUAGUUCGAGGCGAUUUUUUUUUAAAACAAACCUAUAUACGUAUAAUUUCUUAAUCAUUUUUAGCACUUAGCGUUGAGAAUUAAAAAAAAAAAAAAAUUCUCGAUAAUACGAUACGAUUAUUUGUUUUCUCUUCAUCUAUAUAUUAACAAUAUAACAACAAUAUCACUUCAAUAGACGUCCGCACGACUUCCUUCCCGUCUCUAUUUCCAUAAUAUUCGUGCUUCCCAAGUAUGAAAUAUGUCCGAGUUUUUAUUUUUGGUCAAAAUCUUUAUAAUAAUUUCGUCUGCCCAACGCUAAAGCCUAUAGAGCUAUAAAGCUAUAAAUACCUACUUAUUCGAUGUAUGGUUGUUUGUACACUAUUUGCAUGCAAUCUUUUUGGUAUUAAAUAUUAAAAUGCCAUGCACCUCUAUUAAAUUUUAUCCAAACGGUCUCAAACUUAGAGGAUUUUUUUAUUAUAUGGCACAAAAUAGGCGGGUGUCCCGAAGAAAAUUGUUAAAUUGGCAAAAUAAGGAUCACUCUAGUAUAUAAUAUAAAUUAUAAUAAUUCAUAUAGAACAUAGAUGGAAAUUAUAAUAAUAUAUAAUGUGUCUUUCAGUACUUAUUAUCUUACGCAGUUCUUCGACUGCUAGACCAUUUGCUCUGAAGAAUGAGAUAAGCCGUUUCUUCGGCCCCGAACUAUCUUCCCAUUGACUAUUCGGUUAUGUCAUAAUAUUGUUUUUUAAGCAAAAUGUAUUAUCUUACAAAUACGCCUGCUCAAUAAAAAUAAAUUAAAACAGAGUCUGAUUAUGAACAAUCUAAUAGGUAUUACAGAAUUUAAUUUUAACUAAUUCGAAUUUUUAACAUUGAAUCACAAAUAUACCUCAUUGAAAAUAAACUAAAGCAUCCUUUUGGACUUCGAAAACUUCGAACUAAAGGGUUCAACUAAUUUUAACUUAUAGUUAAGAAUGGGGUCUCUGCGUAGACGCAAAUAGUAUUUGACAUUUGAGGGGGCUGAUUCUUAUGCUCUUCUUCACGCCUUAUGAUAUAUUCCAAUGUAUUUUGUGGUGAAAUCAUGGUGGCUAACAAUUCUAAGAGUGGUUAAACCCUCCUAGCCCCCCUAUAUACGCUUAUGGGACUCUGUUCCUCUCUGUCCUCCAUUUCAACCACUGGUUUUAACAUGUUCAACCAUAUUCGGUAGGUACGCGUUGGAAUUUUAUUUCAUAGGUUUUUUUUUUUUUUUAAAAGAUAUCCUUAUAUUUUUUUGAACAUGUGAUAACUAACGAGCUAACGACAACCGAACUCUUUUCUGCGGGAAAUACGACCCGAUAUCGGUAAAAAAAAUUAUAAUGCACUUAACACGUCGUUGUUGUGUUAAUUAGCAUUUAUAAAAUGUAUGUAUAAUAAUACUAGGUACACUUAUUCGAAGUAUAUGUAAUUCGUCGGCCAUAAUAAUAAUACAUAAUAUACGUUCAAUUAAUAAUAUAUAGCUGGAAUCGAGUUGCGAUAAUCUACAUAUUGUCUUGUAUAUUCGUGUACUUCAAGUUCAAAUUGUAAUCGUAGUUCUGUGACGUUUUUAACAUGGUAUUUUAUCUGUCCGCUUGAAUAUUAAAUUCGCCACGGGUUAGGUAUUGUAGAAAUCGGAUUCAUAUUAGGCGCAAAUAGAGUCAAUAAUCUUGGGGAAGUGUGCUAUAAUAUUAAAUUUCUGUUUUUCAAUCGAACCAUGGGUAUAUAUUAUGCCAUUCUUCUCAACUUCCUCCCUGUCAGUUAGAAAAAAAGUGACAUCAAACAGUGAUGAGCAGACAGGGUGAAGUCGGAUCUUGACUGGGAAGACUGAGAUUGGCGCGGAGUGGAAUGGCAGAGCCGUGGAAAAAGGUCCUUUAUGGGCUGCAAAAACUGGUAGAAUAAGAAGAAUAAUAUAUAUAUUUAUGGAAAAUAAAUGUAUGCAUACCGCUGAGCUUAAUGGUUUUUUGAAAGUUAAUUUUAAUAUGCUAGAUUAAAUGUAUGAAAAAAAACUUGUGAUUAGAUCGCAGACACGGAUUUUUGUCGUUUGUUUAUUUAUUAUAUACUUUCGCGGUCGUGUAAUUUAUAUUUUAUACUGUACAAUACCUAUAUGAAAAUAUUAAACAAAUAUUAACAAAAAUGGUAUUCUUUUGUAUAUAACGGACUCUUUUCAAGCAGACAGGUAUACGGGGUGUUUCACGGACUUUUGACAAAUGUAGAAUAACUUUGAUUCUGUUUAAAUUUCAAGUUUUUUUUUUUAUUUUAAUAAUUACUAGAGGUUAUGAUUCCUUGUCGUUAAUUUUCUACAAUUUGUUCAAGUUUACGAUCAUUUGAAUUGUUUUCAUUGUCGCUAUUAAAUAAUAUCAUAUCGAUUCAGCAUUUUUCCCAUGAAAAAUAACUUUUGUUAACGGUUUUUAUUAACUUUGAAGAUUAAUGAUACGGCAUUAAUUAAUAUUUGUACCAUCAACAUUUUGUUUCUAAAUUGACUAUCUUGGAUUAUGUAACAUUUUAAGUUUUUAAAAAUGUUCAAAAACUAUAAAAUAGAGAAACCAAGGUUAAUUGUGAUAAUUUGUAUGAGAAAAAAAAAUUUACAAAUAUAUAUUGAACAGAACAAAAGUUAUUACAUUUGUCAGAUAUCCGAGAAACACAGCUCUGUGUAAAAUGCCUUUUGGACGUAUGUUUAAAAUCAAUUUUAAUUGAAAGGGAGGAGGAGGGAGUAGGGUUAAAAUUAGAAAAAGAGGUGAUUUGAAAUUGAAUAGAGUGAAAACUUUGGCGUUACCGAUACAAACAAUAAACGGAUUAGAUUGUAUUAUUAUUUUUUUGAAUCGUUUAAAACUCGAAAAAUUUGAAAAAAAUUGAAUAAAAUAAUGUUUUGGUACAGUGUAUACAGUGUACACAUUGUCGAGUGUACUAUAAAAGUAACGAUCAUUUUUUUUUUUUUUUUAUUUAAUGACGUAGUAUUUUAUACGACGAUAAAAUGUUUUCAUAAUUAAUUAUCUUAAUAUUCCCGACGUAAUAUCGUAGAAUUAUAAGUAUACCGGUACUUUAUUUAUAUAUAUAGUUGGGAGGCCCGAUUUCAAUCAUUUGUUGUUGUUUUUUUUUUUUUUCUUACCAUCAAGGUUUUUCCCGCGUUUUUUCUCGACCUUUUGCCGCCCUCUUCCCUUUACCCUUCCCCGGUAGCUGCCGCCGCCGCCGCCGCCGCCGCCGCCGCUCUACCGGCGUAAGUUGAUCGGAUGGCGGCGGCGGCGGCGGCGUCCCGAACUGGAUCGCGGCGUAUGUUACAGAUCAGAUUUCUCUCUCGCGCGAUACAGACACACAGACACACGCGCACACGCGCACACGCACACACGCACUAUCGCUCGCUCGCACGCACGCACGCACAGAACGGGCCGCACCGGAGGGACGACGACGGGCAUGAAAACUGACACUGCGAUCGAAUUACCGACACGAGUCGUGUCUCGCGGACGGGCGGCGGCGUGCCCUCUCCGUUGACGCCGUGCCGCCGCGGCCGCCGGCCGCGUCGUCUGUUCGUCUCAGUAGCCGUGGCAGGGGCGGCCGAGUAAAUUGCCCAGGUGAUCGGGCGCGCACGAUUUAUGGCCGUGGCCGGGCGCCAACAUUUUGCGCGCGCCAUACACGCGAGUUGUCGGCCGGGAAUGAAAAAAAAAAAAAAUGUUCUCAAACGCACUGCACAGACAUAAUUAUGUAGCAAGCAUCGGCGGCGCGCCGACACGAUAACAGUGGGUAACUGAUGUAGAGCCAGGCCGAUUCGGACCCUUUGUAUACCCGAGAGUGACAUUAUCUCCACCUACCCCCCAACCCCCGAACAAUGUUUACUGUUUGUGUACCCGACCCGCGCAGUGGACGCGAUGUGGGAAUACUUUUGCCGUCCACAUCGUCUCCCUUAAUGUCUAUCUCGUUUUUGUGCCCCUGCGGUCAAAUUGAGAUCGAGCAGAUCGUGUGUGGCCACAGUCAUCUCUACCAAUCCUUUUACGAACAAAUCGGUAGUAGCUUUAUUAUUAAAGUUAUUACCUCAAACUAUUCACUGUUCUGUGCAAUAUUGUUCUCGCGCUUUUAUACGUGUCUGACCGUCCGAAACCCACCACCCGUCCACCGAUUCCGGUUGAGGCGCGGCACGCAGAGCUCGAAAAACAAAAACAAUGGGAAUUGAGGCUAGGAUCAAAAAAAAACAAAUUAGCUAAUUGGUGCCCGAUAAAAAUUACAUAACGCCAUAAAACUGUUCGAAUUGUUUCCCGUGCGUAGAAAUAUGUUUAAAUAUGAAAUUAGUUUAAUCGCGUUGUAUUUCUCGUAUCGCCAAAAUCCAGUAAACUAUAGUUAAUAUAUCAAAAUCAGUUACAAAAUUAAAAUCCACCAAACCCAAACCGCCUAUACAAUUGUUUUUUUCGACGGCUAUUGCAGUCGUAUAACAUGUAUGGAUUUUUAGUAUAGGUUGUCCAGACAGUUUUCGAGGUCCUUGGAAAAUGGGAACGAAAUUGUUGUCGGUUUGUAAUAUUCUGGUUUUAUUAUUAACAUUACAGUUUAUCAGAACCAAUAUUCGUAUAGGUUACGGUUACCCGUAAACCACUCGGCGGGAACCAACUCGUGUGUGUACCAAUAUGGUUUAGUAAUGGGAAUCAUUUCGAAUAUUCGUAUUUGAAUAGUUUUAUCACAAACAAUUCGAUUAUUCGAAUACGCGUUACACCGUUAAUACAGACUAACCGGGAACCGAUUCGGGUGCAACAAAAAGGCAAAUCCGAAACGACCUGUUGGUAGUUACGAGUGUAUGGCAAUAGAUGCUAUGCACAAUUCGACGCAACAAUAAUGCUAGUCUGUCUGUACUGUAAAUACGGAAAAACGAUUGACAAGGAUUUGUCCGGUUCGGCCGGAUUCCGGUCAAAAAGAAGAGCACGAGUCCCGGAGCAGAUAAACGUACGGUUUUCCUCUUUCUGCGACGAUUCCGAAAAGCGGACUCGUCUUGUUGUCGCGCCGGGCUAUAGCUGGGCCCAUCGGCUAUAGCGACUAUGUAGCUCGUAGGCGUUCCGAAAAACGACGCGUUCGCCACGCCACGUGAUACCGUUUAAUACCGCAGCUAAACGGUAAUAUAAAAUAACGUCAACUGCAGUGUAGCACAUGAACGAACGGGCGACAAAUGUAAUAUAAUAAUUAUUAUCGUUAACGGCAAUUGGUCAUCGUCAGACGGUAGGUGUUAAUCUAUUAAAAAAAAUAUCAUAACGUAGCUAUUAUUGCUUCCUACGGCUAUCGUUUCGUGUUAGCGGCGCCAUCCUAAUAACACACGGUAUUAUAUCGUGUUAUUAUACAGUUUAUACACGCAUGCAUUUACGUAUGCAAUAUAGGUACCUACAUACCGCCUGCCCACAUACGUAUACUAUAGGUGUGUACAGUGUGUAUAUUAUACAUGUAUAUGUAUAUAUCACAUUAUUGUGUCCUCACUUUUGGGUUUACAGUUACACGCGAUAUUUCAUUAUUUCACCCGAUAUCCACACACACACACACACGCCGCACCGACAUACUGAUGUAUAGCUAUCAUUAUCCGCGUCCUUUGUGUGUCAUCCAACACCGCUCGGGCGGCGGUAUACGCCGUCGCGUCUACAUCACGGAAAAACGAGAACACCUUUUAAUCAAUCCAUUUUUGUCUCUUCGUCUCCUCUUGCAGCACUAUCUCUGCAUGCGCGCCACACCGUAGUCAUCAACCGCUCCUCUAAAACACUAUUCUUAUAACAAACAAUUGUACAUACCUACUUUCAAUGCUUCCGGUUGUAGGAUUAUUUAGUUUUCAUUGAACAUUUCAAUAUUUUAUAACAUUCAUUUUAGAUUUUGAGUAGUGGAUCAAAGUGUUUUGGUUUUACAAUGAUGUUUAUUUUUUUUUUCUGUUGACAGCUGUUCUACUAGCAAUUUUGCUCCGAUUUACAAUGAUAACGCUUUUUCUGGAAGAAAAUCUGACUGGGAUUGUACUUUAAGGAAGUCAUUUUUUGAUUUUCAAAAAGAAAAAGUAAUACUAUCAUCCAAACUCCGCUCAGAAUCGUUUUUCGUUAGAAAUGGUUAAUCCUUGCAUACAGAUAAACAUUAAAUUACCUAACAGUGGCUGCACCGUUCCCAUUUAUCCUAGGGCAGUUUUUUUAGCCUUUUAGGCACCUAUUACUAAAUUUUACAUUUAAUACUGUUUUAGUGAAUAUAACCUAAAUGAUAACGUAAUUCAUAUUAUUGAACGACAAUAAAAACAAUAUAUACCUACUAUCUAGUAAUAAAAUAAAAAUAAAACCAACAUUGUAUUUAUCUUCCUUAUUGACAGAAACCACUUUUGAGACUCUAUUAAAAAUCUACUUUCAUCAUAAUUUUCAUGAAAUUUCGGGAGGGGGCGGUUUAACCUCCCCCUCUUGUACAUGUGCCUGACUGCUCGCAUGCACCUACCUUUAAUAAUAAUAUUAAGUAUUAUUGUUAUUUGGGUACGUCGAGUGUUGCUCUGCAACGGUCGGUAUACAUAUAGGUAUAGGUAAUCCGUAGGAGGACUCGAAACCGCCGGUAAUUCUACCGUACAAACUUCCCUGGCUUAGUGGUGCGUAUUUACAAGAUUACGGAGAUAUGUCUUCCUCCUUGACAUUUUUCAACUAUAGAUAUCUAUUAUUUAUACGACUACUUAUUUUUAAUCCGAGAAAUCUACAGUUUUUUUUAAUAGUAUAUAUGUUUUUACUCUUAAACCGAAACUAAACCAGUUACAUUCAGGCUGCGUAAACAUGUUUUCACAAUUGAAAAUUACCAUUUUAACUGUCCCACACGGAUUUAUCCGUGCACAGUAUUGAACGAAAUUUAAUUUAAAAAAAUAUAAAACCGUAUCUCCCCGUUUCUAUCGCGUACCUGUCAUAGUUAACUUUUAUUGCUCAUAAUUUAAUUUUUUUUAUUGGUGAUUCUGCGCCUAUGGUAACCAAAUUAAUAAAUAAUAACUGGUCUUUUUUCAAUCGUGUCACGAAAGUAACCCACAAAUCAUCGAAAAUAAUUCAAUUCCGUAACAAAAAUACCAAUAACCCCGUGACAGCCUCCAUUAAAGGAUUGAAUACGGGGAAAAAAAGUAGCCUAUUUAUUAUUCCUGGUCUAGAAUUACAUCUAUGCAGUUUUAGCACAAUUCUUACUAUUGUGGGUUGUUUGUUUGUUUUUUUCCGAAUGUAGCGAAGAAGUUUUAGAGUACUACUAAAAUAUGGUUAUUAUUCCGAAAAAGACGUUUUCGCUGGAACAAAAACAUAAAAACAAACUAUUCACAUUGUGCCAUAAAAAAUGCGGAUAUAUAUAUUUAUGGUUUUUAUACAACGAGAGACUAUACUUGAACAAGUAUAAAGAAAAACGAAUGAUGUCUGCAUUUUUAGAUCGUCUAAUUUCUAAUUAUAUAAUAUGAUUCAUAUUUCAAAUAUAAUUAAUAUAAUUAGGUAUUAUUCAUUUAAAUAAUUUUGAGAGUGAUCAAAACGGUCAUUUUUUUACACAUACAACCAAAUACAGAACCCCGUAUUACAUACCAAUUGGUAUGUAAUAAUGUAAAAUUCACAACAUGUUUCACUCAUUCGAAUGACUUUAAAUUUAAAAGAACUACCUAUAUAGUUAUUUAGAAUAAUACCGUACCUAACUAUUUCCAAUGUAGUUUUUUUUUAAACUCUUUUAGUUUAGAUAAUUCUUAAAAUAUUAAAAUAAUUCUUAUCUAUUCUAAAUAUAUUUAUGGAACUAUUUUACCUAUUAAAAAAUACUUUAGAUAUUCUACGAUUUCUAAUACGAUUUCAAAUUAAUUCACCUGUGGCAAUAAUGUAAUUAUAAAAUGUAUAUUAUGUCAACGGUCGUAUUAUUACGUGCAGGUCAAUAUAUGUUUUUUUCUGGUCGAUUAACAGCUUUUACGAAAAAAAAAAUAUAUAUUUUAAUAAUAUAACUUUUGAUGAUUAUUUAUUUUGCAAUCGUUCGUCAGGUAUAUUUGACAAGUACUUUGUAAAAAUGUAUCAAAUAUACAUAUUUUUAACUAAGUAGUAAAUAUACUUUAAGAGAACGUCACAUUAACAUUUGCUGUCUCUGUCUGUGGGGUUUUAUCAAUAUCUAUUUCCCAGAUACCCAUUAGUAUAGUAUUAAUAUUCCUAGGCUCAAAAAAGAAAACAAUGUAAAUAUCUAAUUACCCGUUUAUGGACAAUGACGGAAAAUGUUACUGUGACGCCAUCUUAGGGUAUAAUUAUUUGUUUAAAAUACAUAAGGAAACUUUAAUAAUUUAAUAAAUUUCACAAAAUAUUUGGCUACUAGGUACCUGACGAAUAAUAAUUACAAAACUCAUGAUUAUGAAAAUCAUUAUAGCCUAUAAUAUCACACCUGUUUGUUAUAAUAUCACCAGCGUUGAAUUUGAUUCGAUAAAUAAAUAAUUAUCAUCCGACACCGUGACAGUAAAACUCAAAUAUGUAAUGAAAUUAUCUUGUAAUACGAACUAUAGUGUAAUAUACUCGUGCAUUAUAAUAUUAAAACAAAAAAAACCAACAACUUAGAUACACGUACAGUUUUAACCGGACAAGAAGAUAACCGUAGAUAUAUAAGUAAUGGCUUUAUUUACGUUAACUUAUGACAUUAUAUUUACAUCUAAUAUAAUAUUGUCUAACUUAAAGGUGACAACAUUAUCUAUCCAACCAUCGCAUAUAGGUUUUAUGUCGAUAUUUUAAUUUCUAAACUGUGAUGUUUCACAUACUCGUGUGAACAUCGAAAAAAAUCCUAUAUGACCACACAGAUAAUGUUUUUACCUUUAUGUUUUAUAGUAGGUCAAUUAAUUCUAAUAUCGAAACUGACAACACAACGUUGUCCCUGCUGAAUGAAAAUUUGCUAUGUCGUAAAAAUUGUAGUUUAUAAGAUGGGAGACUGCACAAGCAGGUAUUAUGACGUCCUCUAAACAGUUAAAACAAUUUAAUAUUAUACAGUAACAUUAGAUUAUUAUAACUCUGUCUCGAAUGACGAUGACGUUGGUAAGUACCUACCUAUAUACAAUAUACAUAUUUCAUAUUUGUUCAGAAAUUCGAUCGCGUUUGAUUUUUGGCUUAACAGCUUUUUCUAGUAUUAUUGUAACUAUUUAUUUUUAAAGCCCGUACAUUAAAAUAGUUUGCAUAAUUCUAGUCGACUAUAGAUAUAUAGUUAUAUGGUGUUUAAUUUUGUGUAGGUGUUAUGUUAGUGACAAUAUUGCGUGAAAUAUAAUAUACCUAAGGGGAGGGGGGGUAGUCCGAUCGCCGCCCUCAUAGAACCGCUAUAUAGCCUUUAAUGGAUAGGUACUGUUUACGCAACACGUUUAUUUUUAUUUGGGUAUACUUCUAUAGGUACUUCUAUGCAUCGAAUGGGUACAUUUUCAAUACAUAUAUAUAUAUAUAUAUAUAUUAUUUAGAAGUAAUAUUAAAUAAAAACAAAGUAAAAAAACCCAAAUGGAAUAUCUGAAAUCAGAGACGGAUCCGAGACAAGAUAACCGGAAAGUGAUUUUUAAAAUCCAUAUAAGGCACACGUUUAUGAUAUCGAUAUACGAAUGGAGGUGGGGGCGUUAUAUAGGCGUCUAUAGGGGCCCACUGUAUCCGUCACUAUCUGAAAUGUCUCGUGAUGACCAGACUACCAGAGCAUUUAUAUUUUAGGGGAUUAUAACAUGUGGGUGUCACUGUGCAGAGUAAAGUCAUCUAACGAAACCCUCCUUUUUGCGCUCGUAACUGUAUCCAAUGAAUUACAAACAUUAUAAACGCCGAUCACCAUAGCCAUCACUACACGAGGUAGUGGAAGGGACGAAGUCUCCCUUCUAGUUUGAAAAAAAACUCCCAAUGUCUAUUUUUGCAAAUUUUUCGUAGCGCAUAUACAUAUAUUUUAGUUUUGAGUGCUGUUGAUUCAAAAUUUGAACACUAACAUUUAUUUUAACUUAAACGUCAUUUAUGGAAUUUUAAAUAUAGUUACUAUUUUAAAAGGUAGUAGUGGUUUCAUCCGUAAAAAUAAGAAUAACAAAAAAUAAUAUUAAUGAAACAUUCUAGAUAUAUUUGUUUUAUUAAUUGUGUACCCCUAACCACUGAUUACAUUAAUUUUUCACUAAUUCUGGCAAAAGUUUAUACCAUAUUUGUAUGCUUAAAUAAAAUGGUCUGAUCCUUAUUAGUAGUAUAUAAUCUGAAUUUUCAUAAUUUUCCCAAAAUACCUAUUUCAAAUAUUAUAUCACCAAAAAUUUAUUUUAAAACGAGCACGUCUAAAAAUUAUGUAAAAUUAUUUUUAGAACGUAAGCCAAUAUUAUAAUUUUAAAUAAAUAUAAUAUAAUAACGCAUUAGACAUUGUGUUUUUUUUUCGAUAUCAUAAUAUUUUAUUACAUUUUCUAUAGGAGUACGUAAAAACGACAAUGAAUGAAAUGCUCGGCUGGUACGGAUACGAUAAAAUCAAUUCCAAAGAUUGUUCGCUGCAAAGUAUGAAUCUGGUUAAGCUCAGGGAAAAGUACAGAGGUCGGUCAAAAAGCACGGAACCGGAGACUUCAUCGGAUGAGUACAACAGUCCUCAAUCGCCGACGACAUCGAGUAACUAUUAUUGAUUCAUAAUUAAAUUAAAAAAAAAAAAAAUACCUACUACUUUUAAUGCUCUAUAAUUUGUACGAAAAAAAAUUCAGAAGGACUAGUCCAAACCCCUGGAAACAAUAAAAAACCAAAACCUUAUAAUAAAAUAUGUUAGUUGUUCAGCCAACGGCCCUGGGCCAAAGUAUUUGCAGGUCACCGGGAUUUUCACUAUACAGGGUGAUCAAUUAGUGAAUCAUUCUGUAUACAUACUAUAGGUACAUAAUAUAUAUUUCUGGAAUACCUAUGCAUAUACUGUCGGGCCAGGCAUUUCCUGAGUCUAUAUAAUAUAUUCUAUAAUACACGGCCGGUUUUGAGCUCGUCAUUUUUUUCUCGACAAAUGCUACGCCGGAAAUCAUCGAACCGCAACAAAACGAGAUUCGCUCAGCUUGCGAUUUUAUAAUACAAGUACUUUGGGACGGGCAAUAUUAUAAUAAACACGGUCUAAGUAUCUGCAGAGCCGUAUCAAGCCGUUUGACGGCCAUGGGCAUCAAUUUUUAAACGCCCCUUAAGAUGAUUUCGAGGCCUCAUCACCCUUCCAAAUUGGUUGUUUUUUUUUUUACAAUUUUAUUAAAUGCGCAUUAAAGUUUCUACAUUUUACCUACGCCAAAUAAGCUUCUUAAUAACUUCUGCGUUUUUGCCUGGGUACGUUACUGGGUUGAACUCACGCUCUUUACCGAAUAAUAUAUCCGUUAUUACUCUAAGCAAAGCGUUUAAACACAAUACAACUAACAAGUGAUAUUCAUAUUUCAUAUUGAUAUUGUUACGUUUGCUUCGAGUUUUACAUUAAACCGGGUGCCCCAAUUUUAAAAAGCUUUAACGCCCCAGAGAAAAUAUCCUCAUUGCCCCACCCUCCAUAAACACUACCUGGUUAUCUGGUGGAUAUCCACCGCACGUUUACUCCUCUCCCUUCUACGAGCAAAUAUAUGAAACUUUCCUUUUAACUUUUGGACUUAUCCCAGUUACCCCUUCUACGCCAACGAGAGUAUUUCCUAUACAAAAACUAAUAAUUUUUUUAUAAUAUCUACUGAUAAUUCAUUAUUUAUCGUAUAUUAUUUUUUGGUGGACCCACUGGGCAGUGGGUAAGCAAAAUCGUAUACCACGCGGCGUCCAAUUGUUGAGUUUACUGUGUAUCCAUUCGGACACAGAAAACUUCUUUGAAAAACGCCCCGCUAAGUAUGGUAAUAUUAAAAUAUUAAUGUUAUUAUUUAUAAUAGCAUGCGGAACGAGAGACGCGCGGUGGCACGUGUUUUUUGUAACCCUAAUCCGAACGGCUAUACUGAGUUAUUUUUGGUACCGACUGAAAAUAUCCCGAGCCAGUAAAGUUGUACACCAUAAGCUAUAGAGCACACAGCGAUAGCCUCGUCCGAGAACCGAAACGAAAUUUAUAAUAAUAUUACCUACCUAAUACAACUGUAUAAUUAUUAUUAUAUUUAUAUAAUGCGCGCGGGCGCACGGGGAUAGGUACUAAAUAAUAUUGUGUGGUGUGGCUGAGUGUCAUAUUAUUACAUCGUUCGUGCGCGUGCCGUGUACUUACCCGGUAUACCACGCGACGGCGACGUAGCAAAAAGACUAAUACGCCGACUGUAUAAUAAUAUACGUAAUAUAUGAUAAUAUAUUAUUAUUAUAGUAACACAAUAUCGUUGGGGCGUAAAACGCGCCCGUCGGAUGUCUCGUAUUCUAUUAUAUAGGUGGGUGGGUUCCUAUCUCGUGUGACGGAAAUAUAAUAAAGGGUCAUCCGAACCGCGAGACUGUGUGCAGUUAUUGUAGGUAUCAUCCGCUGCAGGUCAUAUACUUGUUACACGUACACUCGCAGUGGCGUCCGCGGAAUGUGAACAGGUACAUAAUAAAAUAUAACAUGUAUUACCUACCCAUACGUACCGAACUACAUAAUCUACAUAUUAUUUUUUAUGAUCGUUUUUUUCGUAACCAAAAUAAUCCCUGCCACAUAUGGGCACGUAACAAUGUUAAUGGUAUCCUUCACUCUUUCCUCUGCUUCUAGUUGAUCGGAUUAUUUACAGGCCGUUCAGGUCCACUGUCACAGCCGCUCAAAUUGCAUUCAUCUGUCCCCCUCGUUUGCUAGUUCUUCUUCGUUUUCUAUUACCAACAGUUCUAAUAUCAUUGACGAUCCUAUCUAUCCAACGUUGCCAGGGCAACGUUAUCAUGGUAGUUUUACAUUCGGUUUCCGUCUUGUGGCCAAAACAAUGGGCACUUCUGACUUCCAUAUAUGAUUAGCCCAGCUCAGCAAACUGCUUCUGAGAACUCAAAUUAUAUUUGAUUCUCCGUGCAGUUCUUUUAUUUUUUCGUUUAUCUUAACUCGCGUUCACUUUUAGAUUUUGAGCGAAGUGAGGAAUGUAUUUAUUGGUUUUACUAUGUUUAUUUUUUUAUCUGUGAACUUUUUUUCUACCAGAAUUUUGCUCUGAUUUUGUAGCACUUUUUCUGAAACGAAUAAUCUGACUGAGGAAAUACUUUAAUUAGGUAAUUUUUUUGAUUUUUCCAGGAAUUUUUGUAGAAAACGGAAAAAACGAAAAAAUUACGAAAUGUACUAUUUUCGAAUUGUCAAUAUUACGGCCUUUCAAAAUAAUGUAUCACCAAACUCCGCUCAGAAUCGUUUUUUGUGACGAUUGAUCGUUGUGUAUAACCCGAUUCCUUACCUACAACAGUGGCCCACCAAUCGUGUCAGUUCGUUUUUUGUUUUUUUUGUUUGAAUGAAUCCAAAUAUUCUUGUAUAGACCUUUCGUUCAAAUGUAGCUAAUUUAUUUUCGUCCACCUUUGUUGUACCCCAAACACCAUAUGCAUAUAAGGUUAUUGGUCUCACCAGUACUCUGUAUAAUGUAAUUUUUAUCAUCCGCGAAAUAGUCUGGCAUAUAUAAAGUUAAUAAUCCAAAAUAGCAUCUAUUUGCUGGUACCAAUUUUCGAUUUAUUUCUUCGUGGCUAUCGGCGUCCUCGCUAAUUUUUACACUUUACUCCUAAGUAUUUGAAAUUUGGCACACUAUUUACCAUAAUUAUCUACGACCAAAUGUCUUGUUUUUCGGUUGUAUCAAGUGACUAUCAUAUACAUUUAUUUUCAACCGCGUAUACUGCGAUUACGAUAUCUUUCAUGUUGUUGGAUAAUACCUCUCAUCGAGGAAAACUUCCUUUUCUGCAGAAUAAAUUAAUAAAAUAAUUGCACGUCAUACCCACCUCUUUUUCUUCUUUUCCUUCGCCUUCAUCCCAGCUAUUCGGGGUCGGCUACCCUCGUCCUAAACUUCCAUUUGACCCGAUCUCCCACCUCAACAUACCCGACGAUUUGUAAUCGAAAACCAUAAGUUACUAUUAAAAUUAGCUGAUAUAUAUUUUACAAAUUUCAAACAUUAUAAACAUUAUCCUUAGACAUCGGUUUUGAAAAAAAAAACCGAUACCUACCACUGAAAUCGGGUAUCAGCCCACCAUUAAUAAAAAUUAGAUACUUAACGGCUUAACUUUUGUUUCGAAAGUCAAGUGCAUAAAAGUUCAUGCCUUGAUCGGUAUAAAACAAACAAACAAGACUUUUAAAUUUGUAUGAAAUACCUACUCGUAUAAUUUUCGAACACAAUCAUAUUCGUUAUUGUUAUUUGUGUAGGUACCAUUUAUUCAAGAAUUAUUAUGUUUAAGGCUGUGAAUAUAAUCCACUUAAAACCUAUUCAUUUGUACACACUAUUAUGUAGAAAUUGAAGAAAUGUAAUUACUAAUAAUAUGCUCUUAAAAAUCCAAUACUGCAGUAAGUAUAGACAAAUUUUUCGACAAAAUGUGUAAAGAAAAAAAAAGUCGUUUAAAAAUAAAUACCUAACACUAAUUACUAAUUAAAUUCUCACCGAAUUUUAAUAAUGAAAAUAUAAUAGCCGUUAGUCAAUGUAUGCAAUACGCAUACACCUCUUAAAUAACCGAAUAACUGUCGUGGACGGCAGACGUUUUUAAAAUAUUUUUGAAAGGUUCAAUGUGUUAUUUUGAUGGUUUUGAAAAUUGCAUUUUUGCGCCCAAAGUUCAGAAGCCGGUCGGUCACCGACUUUCGGUGGAGCGGCCGUCGCGGUUGCAUGGAACGAUGGCGAUCCACAGUCUGACGACUGCUCAUUGCUCAUGAAUCCCGUGUACCUAUCCAUAAUAUUUUAACUUUCGGCCCUCAAACCAUCUACAAAACACCAUCCAAAAAUCAUAUUGUACAUAAUAUUUUACCAUAUCAUAGGUAGGUACAAAAAUUUUGGUGAAACUGUAGUUUUAUUCUCUAUCUCCCCCCCCCCGAGUACCUUACCACGUCAAUGAACAAUUUCAGCAUAGUACUGAUAAGUGACAGUAUCCCAGUAAGUACCUAGUACCAACUUUAAUAAGACUAUACAAAAUGUAUUAGAAAAUAAUAUUAAUUAUACGUUAAUAUGGAGUAUAACCGGUGACCGGUGUGCACAAAACGAUUUCUUUGAUUUGGAUUAGGUACCGAUUAGAGUCAACACUAGGUACCCCAGUGUUUAAGAAAUAAUGUAAUUUAUGAAAUACGAAUCGUUAUUUUUAAAUUUAAAUAACAUUAUUUUUGAAUAGAUUCACCGGUUCAGCAAAUAACGUGCGGAUGGUGCGACAAAACGCUGACGGCCAAAGCGUUCACAUUCCGCACGGCAGAAUCUAAAAACGAGAAAGUGUUCUGUUCUGAACAGUGUUUCUCGCAGUACCGCCGGGCCAACUUCAAACGGAACAAAACGUGCGACUGGUGCAGGCACCUGAGACACACCGUCAACUGUGUGGACUUUCAAGACGGCGAUCAUCAACUACAAUUCUGCAGGUGACAAACGUAAAGAGUUUUGAUUUUGAUUUCACUGGAUGCGCGUCCCGUACCUAAUAGUUGACAUUAAUAUUGUAAACAUUUUGUGUUGUACAGCGACAAAUGCUUGAACCAGUACAAGAUGAACAUCUUCUGCAAAGAAACCCAAGCCCAACUGGAAUUGCACCCGCACCUGCAAAAUUCAUUAUUGCCCGAAAACCUUUGCAAAACCGUUGAGCCCAACUUGCCACUCAUCACGCCCGAUCUGUGGCUGCGCGAUUGCCAGUCACCUCCGCCGCCAUCGACAGCAGACGGAUCGCCGCCGUCUCCUCAAAGACCACAUUCCCCACCCAUACUGCCGCCGUCGGGUCCGACAGUUCCUCAGCUACGCGUAUCCAACAAGCUGUUUGACCGUCAGACCAGAAAACGCAAGAGAACGACGGCCGAAGACAACGUGGCGCCACCUGUAUAUCCUAAAUUUCCAGCGCACGCACCGGUGUAUUGUACGCCGCCACUGUGCAGGUCUCCAGCGUUCACGCAAUCCCAGACAACCAACAACAGUACACCGGCGAACGAUCCCCCACCACCGCCUCUUUACCCGUUGAACAUGCCGCCGUCGCUACUGCCGCCGCCUAUGAUUUUAGUGCCGUAUCCUAUUAUGCUACCAAUCCCAGUACCUAUUCCCAUACCCAUACCAUUACCGUUUUUUAAAAAAGAAUGUGAUAACACUACAGGUAAAGAAGAAAAAAAUGAAAAAAAAACCUAA